AUGAAGCCAUUUUACUACUGCAAUGUAGCAACUCAGCAAUUUCCUUUUCCACUCCCAAUUGGUCCUCUUGAUCCGUCAGAAAUCCUAAACGUAACGGAUGUAUCGGAGCAAUGUCUAACAGAUGUCAACAGAUUCACAUCGAGUCUAAACACCUAUGUGCAAACCUUCACGGAAUGUCAACAAGCCGGAGGAUAUACUAAACAGCAACAGAGAGUGCUCGACGAGCAUAUUUUUGCUGUAAAGCAGAUUGACUCUUUUGGCAAGAUUCCGGCAGGUUUGUUGCAGUACGCAAUAGUCAACACUGGAUCAUAUUCGGAAUGCAUGGAUUUAGUCGCACCAUACAAGGUGCAAUUUUGUUAUUUGGCCGCCAACGUUGCUAUGGAAGGGCCCGAAUUAGGAAAACUUGGUCCAAAAAUUGCUGUAUGUAUGCCAAAAAGCUGCACUGAAACGGAUAUCACAAGGAUUUUGGAAAGCACUGGUAUACAGCAGUACAUACCCAUCAACUUCACUGCUUCUGCGAAUUGUGUACCGUUGAAAAACACAUACUCUACGAAUUUCUGGAUUUUUAUCUGCUUCGUGGCUUUCUUCGUUAUUUGGGCAAUUCUGGCUACUUUUACCGAUUAUAUUCUUGAUACCUAUUACAAGGGCAGAGUUUAUGGUGCAGGAAUGAAGGCGUUUCUUGCCUAUUCGAUAUACACCAAUGCGGCAGAAUUAAUGAAUGUGAGCCCUUACAAAAAAGGAGCCAUCAAAUCGCUGGCAUCAAUUCGAUUCAUCUCAAUGACCUGGGUUGUAGCAGGACAUGUGCUCAUGGAUAUUCUGGUCAGCGACACAUUGAAACCUGCAAUGGAAGUAUGGAACCCAGUUCUUUCAACUACAAUCAUAAAUGCUUUUUUCUCCGUCGAUACGUUUUUCGUUCUCUCUGGUAUUCUGGUUUCCUACCUCUUCUUCAAAAUCAGGCCAUCUGCAGCAUAUGUCAGGGAUCCUAUGGGUUGGGUUAUGCAUUACGUGCACCGCUAUAUCAGACUAACACCACCUGUAAUGAUAUUUAUCUGGUUUUUCGUAACUGUGACUCCGCUUAUCAAUGGGCCAUGGGCUCAGUCAGCGACGGGCAUGCAAACCACCUUGUAUAAACCGUGUGAGAAAUAUUGGUGGCGUAAUAUACUUUAUAUCAAUAACUUCUUUGAUCUGACACAAAAUUGCUACAUUAUAACCUGGUAUCUAGCGUGUGAUAUGCAGCUCUAUGUUAUUGCCCCAAUCUUCCUCAUUGUAUUUUAUAUCUCGUGGAUUGCUGGAUCUGUACUUGUGUGCUUAUGCAUUGCUGGUAGUAUAGCUUACGUGUACUACAUUUCUAUCCAUCUCGACAUCCCACCAAUCAUAGUGGGCGCUUUUGCGUUCGACGACAUAGCGAACUUUGGAUUAAAGGUGUUGGACUUUUUUGACCUGUACUAUCAAAAACCUUGGAGUCGCUGCACGCCGUACUUAAUUGGAUUUGCAGUUGGAUAUUUCCUUGCCUCUGGGAAAAAACCGAAACUAAACAAAGUAUUGAUUGUGUCUUUGUGGGUAUUAGCUGCAGCACUUGCAUUAGCAUCUCUUUACGGUCCGCAUAAGUUCAUUAAAGGAGAGGAUGACUGGAGUAAUGCAGUAAGUGGAACCUAUAACAACUUCUCGAGAUUUGGUUGGUCAAUAGCAAUAGCUUGGGUCAUUGUCGCAAAUCACUUGGGAUGGGGAGGAAUUAUCGCCGAUUUCAUGGAUCAUCCAUUGUGGCAACCAUUGGGCAGACUUUCUUAUUGCGGCUACAUUGUGCAUUUUUUCAUGAUCUCAUACAUCUUCAACCUAGAUGACCGCCCAUCACAUUUUGUUUCAAUCUGGCGCGCGUAUAUAUACGCGGGUAUUCCAACAGUUGUUGUCUCCUAUGUUUUCGCUUUCUUUUGGAGCUGCCUCUUCGAAGUGCCUAUCAUAAAACUGGAGAAGAUGUUGACUGCGAAUGUGGGUCCAAAAAAGACUCCUGCUCCGCUCAAGCACGCCACGCAGAAAGCUACAAAGGAAGACAUAUUCGGAGCAAAAAAUAACGUUCAUAAAUGAUAAAAUGAAAGAUAUGUUAAAGUAGAAUGGCUUCAGGUUUCUGAGAAUAAAUACGAGUGAUUGCGCUCAAAUUAUGCA